AUGUCUUUGCGACCUCUCUUACCCCAGUGCACCCAACUUCAUCGCUCAACGCGUCAUUCCAUCCGAUACAUUUCAUCCUCAUCUCCAAGAGGACGACCAUCAUCUACCACCUCAUCAGCGAUUGGGGCAGCUUCACGAACUUUAGAAUCACUGUCGGAGAGCUUCAAUGAUAUCGCCGAGAAGUUCAGGCAAGCUGUGCAACAGAAUCAUUCUGAGCAAUAUGAGGGCGUUGAGGAGAGAGGAUUGAGGAUGUUGAUAUUUGGGAAGCCUGGUAGUGGGAAGGGAACGCUGAGUGCUCGACUAGUGAAGGAGUAUGAUAUAGCGUUCGUAUCAACGGGAGACGUGUUGAGAAAAGAAAUAGCAGCCAAAUCGGAAGUAGGUAGAAAAGCUGAAGAGGUUGUGGCUAGCGGAGGUUUGGUGUCGGACGAAUUGAUGCUGGAAAUUGUUAAGACUGAAUUAGACAGAAUGCACGGUAAAAGCUGGAUUGUAGAUGGGUUCCCUCGUACACUGCAUCAAGGAGAGUUGCUCGACUCCGUACUCAAUCAAGAGAAUCGACCUUUGAACAUGAUUGUCCACUUGAACGUUCCCGAUUCUGUAAUCAUGGCUCGUAUAUCAGCUCGAUGGGUCCAUCUACCCUCUGGAAGAGUAUACAACACGACAUACUCAGCGCCCAAAACUCCAGGGAAAGAUGAUGUGACUGGUGAACCAUUAUCAAAAAGACCUGAUGAUACGCCCGAAACUUUCUCAAAGAGGCUACAAGCGUACUAUGAAUCAACGGCUCCAUUGCUUGAGUAUUUCGCAAAGACAUACCCAUCAUCUUUAUUCUCGUUAAGUGGUUCAUCUUCCGACGAGGUACUUAUCGCAGCCGGUCUAAAAUCUCCUAAAUCAUCAAAAGCAAAAUCAACUGACUUUGAAUCAUUUUCUUCUUCUUCUAUUGAUACGACUGGUGAUUCACCAAAAACAAUCGCUGCACUCGAUCAGUUAUGGCCUCAAUUACAAGCUCUGAUCGAACCUUUCAAUUUACGUAGAAAACCAAAAAGAGAAGGCACGGGAAUAGAAACAGGAGAAUUAUCAGAAGAUCAAGUUAAAGAGAUUAGAAAAGAAGCUGAUGAUUUGAAAGAUCCAAAUGAACUGGAUGUUGGUGGAAAAGACAAGGCUCACGUACAGUGA